UUCGUAUCCUGGUUGGAUAUUAACCUAUGAUGGCCGCGACAAAACUUUUGGCGCUGUUUACAAUAGUCCUAGUUGCUACUGAGAUUGUUGCUGCGUUAUCAGACAGCAUACCCCAAGAUGUCUCUUUGGAUCCAACAUUGGAACACGCAGUAUAUUCAAGAGUGAAAAGGCAGAAUUAUCCAUAUGGUUAUGGCAACGGUGGUAGAAACAGUCCAAUGCCAAUUUUGAUCGGAGGUGGAGGGUUUGGAGGUCGGAACUAUGGAGGUCGAGGCGGCAUGGGCUACGGGGGCCGUGGCGGGGCGCGGGGUGGAUUCGGCGGCGCUCGAGGUGGAUUCGGUGGCGGUAGAGGACGAGGAUAGUCUUUACAUUCUUUAAUUGGCUCGAGAUAAAAUACUUACUAAUGAUCUAUUUAAGUACAAAUAAAUAUUAAAUUGCAAGCUU